AUGGCGGCCGGAGCCCUGGGCCUGGCCCUCGUCGCGGCGUUCGCGCUCGCGCUCGCGGGGGCAAACUCCGAGGGCGACGCGCUCUCGGCGCUGCGCCGCAGCCUGCGGGACCCCGGCGGCGUGCUGCAGAGCUGGGACCCCACCCUCGUCAACCCCUGCACCUGGUUCCACGUCACCUGCGACCGCGACAACCGCGUCACCCGCCUAGAUCUUGGUAAUUUGAACUUAUCUGGUCAUCUGGUGCCCGAGCUUGGUAAAUUGGAGCAUUUGCAAUACAGGGAACUUUACAAAAAUAACAUUGAAGGAACGAUCCCGUCGGAACUUGGUGAUUUGAAGAACCUAAUUAGCUUGGACUUGUACAAGAACAACGUUUCGGGGACUAUACCUCCAACACUUGGGAAGUUGAAGUCCCUUGUGUUCUUGCGGCUCAACGGCAAUCGUUUGACUGGACCAAUUCCAAGGGAGCUGGCCGGAAUAUCCAGCCUCAAAGUUGUUGAUGUUUCUGGUAAUAAUCUGUGUGGAACAAUUCCCACGACUGGACCAUUUGAGCACAUUCCUCUCAGCAACUUCGAGAGGAACCCACGCUUGGAAGGACCAGAACUACAAGGCCUGGCUGUAUAUGAAACCAACUGCUAA